UAUUUUUGGCGGUGGCCGGCACAUUGUCCCUCUAACGAAAUAAUAAUUUCACAACCACAGGAAAAAGGAAUUUCUUGGUGAAAUAACAAGGAAAUACAAUUGCAACACAGUUGCAACUGCCUUCCUGGUAAAUUGCGCCUCGAUUGCGCCUUAAGAAUCAACUGUCCGCCAACGGGGACACAUCAAAUCCACCUGCAAUCCACUGCUGGUCGGGAUUUUGACAGAGGUUUGUUUGUUUAUUGGCUCGCAAACUGCCACAAUUACCACCGAUAUAGAUUUCGAUCUUGUCAACCCAAGUGCCAAAAGAAUGUCGUCACCAUGGGUCAAGAGCAGCGAGCCAGUGCAGCAGGUCAACCUGGCGGAUAUUAUGUCGGAGCAAUAUGCCCACAAGUUGCACGACAAGGAGGUGCAGCGCCACACGGAGAGGGUGAACAAGCCAGAGCAACAGAUGGGAUCCAUUUGGGGCGCGGAAGCCUCAUCCCCGCCUGCCGCCAGUUACUCGAAUGUGGCGGGCAGUUCGCUGAGGAACCAAAGCGAUAACGAGGAGUGGGAGGAUUACUCGGCGCUUCUCAACGAGGACGGAAUCCCACCGGCGGACAUAGAGCUGCCGGAGGACAGCGAUGCAGUUAUUGCCCAGCUGUUGCAGUCCCAGUUCGAUCAUGAGUACAACGAGGAGCUGCGUCGCAUCGAGCGACAGCAGAAUAAGCAGUCCAAGGUCACUGUUACCCUCAAUAAGUUCCUGCGCGACGGCGACGCAGAGUUCUUGCACGACACUGCCGACGAGGAUUACGAGGAAGAUGAGCUGGAGCAACUGAAGCACGACUGGGAUCGGUUCGAGGACAACGAACGACAGCUGGAGUCUAUUCCACGGUGUGGUUUUAAAGUUAACAAGGAGGGUGAGAUGAUCACUAAGCACGAUCCGCAGCUGUGCGCAGUGCGCAAUGCGCAGCGGGUGAUGUCCUUUCCGCCGGAGUUUCCCACAGGCGAUGCCGCCGGCUUCGACAUGAAGCUAUCCAACAAGGUGUUCAACCAACUGAGGGCCCACUCGCGACGUGGUCGCUCUGACAAACAUGAAAAAGUGGCCACCGCCGAGAUGGGCUUGGAUGCCGGCACACGUCUGCUGCUGUAUAAGCUGAUCAACAACCAAGUGCUCGAGCAGAUCAACGGCAUCAUCUCCACUGGCAAAGAGGCGGUUAUCUUGCACGCCAACUCUGAUUCGAAUUAUACAGGCAGCAAUGAGCAUGGCCACCAGAGUGGUGUGCUAGUACCACCCCAUCUGUUGCCCCGGGAGUGUGCCAUUAAGAUCUUUAAGACCACGCUCAACGAGUUCAAGCAGCGCGAUCGGUACAUCAAGGACGACUAUAGGUUCAAGGAUCGCUUUAGCAAGCAAAACCAUCGGGUGAUCAUCAACAUGUGGGCGGAGAAGGAGAUGCAUAACCUGAUGAGGAUGCAGGCCAUUGGACUAAACGUUCCCGAUGUGGUAGUGUUGAAAAAGCACGUUUUGGUCAUGCGGUUCAUAGGCGACAAUCAUAAUGCGGCCCCUAAGUUGAAGGAUGCUCGACUGAGUGCCGCGGAGCUAAGUUGUGCGUACGAGGAGAUUGUGGCCGCCAUGCACAAGUUGUUUAACGAGGCAAAGUUGGUGCAUGCCGAUAUGAGCGAAUAUAACAUACUCUGGUUCGAGGGCAAGUGCUGGUUUAUAGACGUGGCCCAGAGUGUCGAGCCAAAGCAUCCCAGCGCCUUGGAGUUUUUGAUGAGGGAUUGCGGCAACAUCGUGAACUUCUUUGAACGACGCGGCCUGCCCAACAUCUACACCAAGGAGCAGCUAUUUGAGUUUAUUACAGGUCUCAACGCAGAGGUCCACAAUGCCGCCCAGUUGGAGCAGAUCCACACGCGUGGAGCUUCCAUCAACCAGGCAACAGCUCCGAAUCAGGAGGAGUGCCCCGACGAACUGAAGCCCCUAGAGUACCCCUUUGAGCUGGCCUGGGAGAAGUCUCAGAAGGAUCGCGAGUCCCAAAAGGCUCUCAAGCAAACGCAGGCUAAUAACGAUGAUGAAACCGACACGGAUAAGGAUCAGGAAAGCGAUGGCAACGAGAACGAUAAUGACGACAAGGAAAAAGUUAACAAAACUGCCAAGCAUUGAAACUUUAAAAGUCUAUCCCCUUUUUUUAGUUUAGUUUAUAAUUGAUAUUAACGGUUUUGGCCACAGCGAUUCUAUUUGAAUUUGUAAAAUUCCAAAGGAAAAACUAUGAUGAUAGUCAAGGCUCUUGACUAUAAAAGUUCCCUCGUAACAAGAAUAAAGUUGUUUAGUUUUCCGCCAAUAA